AUGGCAGCCGUCUACUCCACAACCCCUGCCCAGCGGAAGCAAGGGAUGACAGAGAGGAUCGUCAAAACCACGGACAAGAAUAACCCGCGGGAGAGCACUACACAAGCAGAACACACCGUGAUGGCGGCUGUCUACACCAUGACAAAUACCCAGCGGAACGCAAGGAUGACAGAGAGGAUCGUCAAAACCACGGACAGGAAUACUCCGCGGGAGAGCACUACACCAGCAGAACACACCGUGAUGGCGGCUGUCUACACCACAACACCUGCCCAGCGGAACGCAAGGAUGACAGAGAGGAUCGUCAAAACCACGGACAAGAAUACCCCGCGGGAGAGCACUACACAAGCAGAACACACCGUGAUGGCGGCUGUCUACACCACAACACCUGCCCAGCGGAACGCAAGGAUGACAGAGAGGAUCGUCAAAACCACGGACAAGAACACCCCGCGGAAGAGCACUGCACAAGCAGAACACACCGUGAUGGCGGCUGUGUACACCACAACACCUGCCCAGCGGAACGCAAGGAUGACAGAGAGGAUCGUCAAAACCACGGACAAGAACACCCCGCGGAAGAGCACUGCACAAGCAGAACACACCGUGAUGGCGGCUGUGUACACCACAACACCUGCCCAGCGGAACGCAAGGAUGACAGAGAGGAUCGUCAAAACCACGGACAAGAAUACCCCGCGGAAGAGCACUACACAAGCAGAACACACCGUGAUGGCGGCUGUGUACACCAUGACAAAUACCCAGCGGAACGCAAGGAUGAUGGAGGGGAUCGUCAAAACCACUGACAAGAACACCCCGCGGGAGGGAACCGCUUCAACAGCCGAGAAAUCUACCCGCCAGUCCGGCAGGAUGACAGAAAGGAACACCAAAACCACGAACAGGAAGUCCAACCAGGAUGACGCCAUUCCAGCAGUUGAUGAUGCCCAAUGGCAUACCGUCAUGAUGGUCAUCUACAUCAUCAGCGCAUGCCUGGCUGUUAUCGUUCUGUACGGGGUUGAGAAAGUGUGA